CCCAGGGGAGCCCCGCCCCUGGCCCCUGCGCGGGGGCACAGCUGGGCGGGGGGCGCUGGGCCCCGACCAUCCUUUGGGGCGGGGAGGCUUUGGGCCCUGCCACCCCCCCGGGGGUCUCAUAGGUAAAGGGGGUUGGUGACCUCUGACCCCUCCCAUCCCAACCUUUUCAGGGGAAGAGGGCUAGUGACCUCUGACCUUUCGGGGGGGGGAGCUGGUGGCCUCUGGCACGUGCCCUCCCCACUCAGUUGUCCAAGGGCCACAGGUGGCAUCUGGGGGAGUUUGUGCUGCCUGAGCCCUGCCCUGCCAGCCGCGGGGGGAGGGGGUUGGUGGGGCAAUCAUGGGAAAGCUCCUGCCCCCUUCUCCUCUUGCACUACUCACGGUGAAGAGGAAAUCUGGGAUGUGUAUGUCCGGCCAAUACCUUCUGCUCCUCCUUCCCAGCCAGCACGCCAUAGACCGACCCCACACACACACGCUGACUAGGGGUCAGUGCAGCUCGGGCCCUUUGGACAUCUGACUCUGAAGGUGGCAUCCCACUUUCUCCAGUCCCUAUGGGAUGAUGGGGACGCAGGGGUGGAGGGAGGGUCUCAUGCUCUCUGAGUUCCUGACCGCCAGUGGGUAAGGGGUUGUUAGGGUGGAGACUUGCCCCAUCUGAUCUUCAGUGUGAAGGUAGUUUUGGGGGACAGCCAUGUGCCUGUUGUCUACUGGCCGUGCAGGUGUGAAGGGGGCUGGGCAUCCUCAGACCACCUGUGUGUUUAGAUUAUUGAGGCCUUGGGGGAAGUGGGGGGUUGGGCCUUUUGAAUCCCUAGUGGUUACACCAGACUGGAGAGUGAAAGGUAUGUGUAUAGUGGGUGAAUGCAGUGCUCUGUUCAUCCCAGACAUGGGUGUUACCCUUAUGACCUUGACUACAGAUGGAUGAGCGGUGGCUGGGUGGGUUGAGUCCUGUGUUGUCCUGAUGCUGAAAAGGUGACUGGUCUCAUGUUCUGGGAUCGAUAAAAAGUGUGAGUAUGUCCUCCAUACCCAGGACAGGUGAAGGAUCUUGCACCAUGUUCUCUUAACAGCCAAAAAAUGAAAGGAGUGUGGGGUCUCACCCUCCAAAGCCUGACUACUGAACGGUGACUAUUUUAGGGCUUGUGCACCUCCAUAUGGAGGGGUGAAGGAUGAGACAUUUCUAAUACCGUGGCCUUGGCUGCAGUGGGAUGUGUGAACACUUAAUGAGGGAAUGUUAUGCUGAGUUUCAUAAAUCCAGCCCUAGACGCCACUAAACAUUGGACCCAAGAAUAUACAGCCUCUGAUGUGUAGUAAGUGAACUACAGAGAGUUGUAUUGUUCCCAUGGGACCAAAUCUGCCUGUAUUUCAGGCACACAAGAUGCGGGAGAACAAAUAUCAGGUAUAGGACUCUGCCAUUCCUAGGGCAUUUAAAGUGCUGAAUGGGGACUGCAGAUACAGUUCAAUUGUACGUAUUUCAGGUCCAGAAGCAACUGAACUCAGCCCUCUCAGGAGACUUCACUGCAGAUUUGUCUUGUCUGAGCCCAAGUGACUCAUCUUCCUGGUAACAUCUGACACUAGGUGCUCUGAGAUGCUAUGACGCUCCCAGAGUUCCCUCUGACAGAGACUGCAGAUCCGAUUUCCCCCUAGACACAGACAAGACCAACCUAAGCCAAGGAAAUAUUGAAAACAAAGGAGAACUGAUUUGAUAGCUAGAUCCUGCCAUAUUCUCCUUGAGCAAUUCUGAGUUGGGCAUCCCAGGCAGCCACAACCUUACUGGGCCAUUUGUCCAUUGGCCACAUCAUGUUUCUAUUCCUUGCUUCGUUCCGGGUCGCUUCUCUGCCAUGUUCUGAUUGGUCCCAAAGCACGCUGCAAAUCUGAACCAGGAUAACUAGUCUGUCUGUCUGAAGCAGGGAUGUGUGCUUUUGUUUAGGUCAGCGCAUAAGCAAAGGUUUUCUUGGUAAGCUGUGCCUUACAUUUGGACCUAAACAGAGUCAGGCUUAGACUCGCCUGAUCUCAUCUGGCAAGGAAUGCCACAGCUGGAGGUCUGCCACAGCUGGAGGUCUGCCACUGAGAACACGGCCUCCAGCAACCCAAUAAUGUAAACCUGGGUCUCUCUGUGAGGAGGGACAAUUAAUGAUGUGUACACAUACAUGGAGGCUAUUCCAAAUGGCAGGAGGUGCAGAGGAGAAGGCUCUCGUAUCAAGGACGGUGAGACUGGGGAAGAGCAGAGAGGAGGCCAGCUAGACAAGACAAGGUAGAGAAAUAGACAUGGUGUCUGAGACAGACUGGUGCAAAUCUGUGGAGGAUUUUAAAACCAAGGAGAACAAUCUUGAACUGGAGCCUGGAUUACUUCAAACAAAUUACAUAAUGUGUUAUCCUCUCUCCAUGCUUUUUAGGCAAGGAUAAUAAUAAUAAAAAAAGCAGUUAACUCCUCCGGUAAUAAAAUUACAUGUAUAUUUUUCCAUGUGAGCACUAGAGAAUAUUCCAGCAAAGCACAACAAAUACUCAAGGUGCUUUCAGUAAAACACUCUGAAGAUCUUUACUCCCAUCCCUCCUCAACUCAUCUUUGACGCUACGAUCAGUCUUACAUUUAUGCUUGCAUGCAGUGGGGAAAGAUCUGGCCGGUGCAUUUGUCUGGUAAUAAAAGAUUAUGGCAUCAGAAUGCCUGCUAGGAAUCUUGCAAUUAAGGAAAAGAGGAAAUUAGCCCCAUCUUAGAAACCCGUCUCCCAGCACACUCAUAUCUGCUGCUAAGACCAAGCAUGUGGGCUAGUGCUGACGCUGACCUGGCUGGCCCUGAUUUUGCAAUGUUUGGUUCUGAAACUACACUAUACAGCCCGCUUGCCACCCAGCCCUUUGACUGCAUGUGAGAAAUGGCAAAUGCCGAAGUGAGCGUCCCUGUGGGGGAUGUGGUGGUUGUACCAAGCGAAGGAAAUGAAGGGGAGAACCCGGAAGAUACCAAAACCCAAGUGAUACUACAGCUACAGCCAGUGCAACAGGGUUUGUUUAUCGAUGGACACUUUUACAACAGGAUUUACGAAGAGGGCUCUGAGACCAGUGCCGCUGUGGUGGCUGUAGAAACACAUACCAUACACAAACUAGAAGAAGGGAUUGACCCCAGCACCAUUGAAACCAAUGAGGAAAUUGAGAUUGCCUACCCCAUCACCUGUGGGGAGAGCAAAGCCAUCCUCCUCUGGAAGAAGUUUGUCUGUCCAGGAAUUAAUGUCAAGUGCGUCAAGUUUAAUGACCAGUUGAUCAGCCCUAAGCACUUUGUUCACUUGGCGGGCAAGUCUACCCUGAAGGAUUGGAAGAGAGCCAUUCGCCUUGGAGGAAUCAUGUUGAGGAAGAUGAUGGACUCUGGGCAAAUUGACUUCUACCAGCACGACAAGGUUUGCACCAACACCUGUCGAAGCACCAAAUUUGAUCUCCUGAUCAGCAGUGCCAGAGCACCAGUGCCGGGGCAACAGACAAGUGUGGUGCAGACGCCCACAUCAGCUGAUGGGAGCAUCACCCAAAUCUCAUUGUCUGAGGAGAGCAUGGAGGAGGGGAUCGAAUGGAACUCUGCUCUGACGGCUGCUGUCACCAUGGCCACCGAGGAGGGCAUCAAGAAGGACACAGAGGAGAUUUCGGAGGACACGCUGAUGUUCUGGAAAGGAAUAGCUGAUGUGGGGUUGAUGGAAGAGGUCGUCUGCAAUAUCCAGAAAGAGAUCGAAGAGGUGCUGAAAGGUGUCCAGCAGAGGCUCGGCCAAUCUCCCUUCCAGAUCACAGAUGCCGCAGUCCUGAAUAAUGUGGCCCACACUUUUGGCCUGAUGGACACAGUCAAGAAAGUUUUGGACAACAGGAAAAGCCAAACAGAGCAGGGAGAAGAGCAGUUUCUUUAUACUUUAGCAGACCUGGAACGCCAGCUGGAGGAGCAGAAGAAGCUCGCCAGGGAUCAGAAGAUGAAGUCUCAGACGAUCCAGAACGUGGUGCUGAUGCCAGUCAGUGCUCCGAAACCCCCUAAGAGACCUCGUCUGCAGCGCCCCGCCUCAGCCACAGUCUUGAGUCCCUCCACCCCUGUCCAGCAGCCUCAGUUCACAGUCAUCUCACCCAUUGCCAUCGCACCUAUGGGACAGCAAUUCUCAGUGGGCAACAUUCCGGUGGCAACCAUCAGCCAGGGAUCCAGCCCAGUGACUCUCCACACCUUGCCAUCCUCACAGCUCUUCCGAUAUGCCACCGUGGUGUCUUCCUCCAAGUCCAGUUCAUCUGACACUGUAACCCUUCAUCCGUCCUCGAGCUUGGCCCUGCUGAGCUCAGCUGCUAUGCAGGACAGCGGUGGGCUGGCUAACGUGGCCACGGUGGUGAACCCUGUGGAACUGGUGGCCAUGGAGUCUGGCCUGACCUCUACCAUCCAAGCUGUAGAGGGCACCUCAGAAGAUGGACAGACCAUCAUAGAGAUAGACCCGGCACCAGAUCCUGAAGCAGAGACUGAGGAAUCAGAGGGCAAAGCUGUGAUUUUGGAAACUGAGCUGAGGACAGAGGAGAAAGUGAUGGCAGAUGUUGAGGACCAUCAGCACCAGGUGCACAAUGUAGAGAUCGUUGUCUUGGAGGAUUAGCAAGGAAGGCAAAUCUCAUUGGUGGGAUGGGUUGUUUUUUGUUUUGGUUUUGGUUAAACUUUUUUAUUUUGACAGUCAUCCCGUUCGUUGCCAUGGAUCUUUUUCAUUUUUACAGUCCAAAAACGGGAAAAGCUGGAGAAACAUGGAGAGGCCCAAGAAAAGGCUCCAUCUCCAUGGAGUGAUGGACAAAAUCAGCCGUUUCUGCAGGGAGGAAGGAGGAGUGAUUCUGCAGACCAGAAGGGGAGAGCACCUUUCCUUCCUGAGAGCGCACAGUGAUACAGUCCAUAUUCUCGUUUUUGCCCAGGCUAGGACUAUUUUAUUUGAGAGAGACUCUCUGGCCAGUAACUGGAGCAUUGAUCUUACUGCUGGAAGGGGUUGAUUAUUGCUUUGGGGGAAACAUGUACCUCAUUUUUAUUUUUUUCCCAGGGAAGGGAAUUCUGUCCAACUCCUCAUUAUCAACUAUGCUGGUAUUUUGCUUUUGGCAAGGAAGCAGCAACCCUGACUGUAGUGUUCAUUGUCCCCUUUCCCACACCCUGUGGUUUUUUUUGUUUGUUUUGUUUUUUUGCUUUGCUCUCCCUUCCCCUUUCCUGAUCUGCUGGCUGCUAAAGUGCUUAAGGGUUCUGUCACCCAAAUCCUGCUUCUUCCCUUCCUGGCCUUCUCCCUCCCAGGCCUUGUAAGUUUCUUUGCUGCAGGAUACUGUUACAAGACACUGCUUGCUUAAGCCUGGUGCGUAAAGGAGAAGAAUCAACCCACUGGUAAAAACACAGCCCUCCCUUUAGCAUAGCGCUGACCUCCUGGAUGUAUAAAGCGUGUGUUGUGCUGUUGCUUCCUGGGAGAGCUGGACUCCACGGGGCAGGAGCCCCAUCUGUUUAUGCCGCACGCUGGAAACUGUACUUGCUAGUUGCUACAUGUUGGUGUGUGAGUUUUUUCUUUUUUGCCCUUAAUCUAUUUGCAGGAUUAGAAUGGGCAUAUUAUUUUAGCGUUGUGACUGCCUCAGCAUCCCCGCUCCCCCCGCCACUUCUUUAGUGGGGGGGCUCUUUUGUUUCUUUGUGGGGGAGGAAGGGAAGGAGGGAAUCUAUUUUUAGUUCAACUGUUGAAUUGUGGGGAAUUGGGAGGGCUGGGGGAAAUCUGCUUGGCUGAAAUAUAUUAAGCAAAACAGUAACAACAGAAAUAGACCCGGGGCGGGGGGGGAGGAGGAGGAGGAGGAGGUGUGUAGUUAUUUUAUUUUAUUUUUAAUUUUUUUUUGCAUUAAAAGGAAAAAUCUAAAUGCAUCUAGAUUAUUAAUGGGAAGGACUACCGUGAAUUUGUUAUUUGUAUUUUAAUAGCACCUCAAUCCAGAUUGCCCUGUUUUGCCAGACACUGCACCUGCACAUAGGAAAUAGUCCAUGAAUAUAGCACUUGCACUGUAAACAAAGGAAGAGAGAAAGGAAAUAUUAUUUAUUAGAGACAGACAUUAAAGGCCUGAUUUUCCACU